CACCACAAUUAUAAAGCCUGUUUCAGAUCCACGUCAUCAUCCUCAACCUCUCCGAGAAGAAGAAAAAAGAAGAACGGAGAAGAAAACGUGUAACCCCUUUUCUCUCUGCCUUCAAUCCUUCGUUCGAUUCAAAAUCGUUCUCUCUGAGUCUUUCCCUCUGGAUUUCUUAUUGAAGAUGCGACGCUCUGCAUCCAAAAAGACGGGUCAAUCCAAUUCCACUCCCAACGCCAAUUCCACCGCCGCCGAUCUCUUCCGCUCCGCUUCGAGUAAGGCAAGCUCAAAGGAAUCAGAACGAAUUGAUAGUCUAUUUUAUGCAUAUGGCAAUGGGUCUACUGGGUUGAUUGAUCCGGAAGGGAUUGAAACACUUUGUGCUGAUAUGGAAGUGGAUCAUACUGAUGUGAGGAUUUUGAUGCUUGCAUGGAAAAUGAAAGCUGGGGAGCAAGGAUAUUUUACCUUGGAUGAGUGGAGGAGAGGCUUAAAAGCACUAAGGGCUGAUACAGUAAGUAAAUUGAAGAAGGCACUCCCAGACCUAGAAAAAGAGGUCAGGAGACCUUCCAAUUUUGCAGAUUUCUAUUCUUAUGCUUUCCAAUAUUGUUUAACAGAGGAGAAACAGAAAAGCAUUGAUAUAGAGAGCAUUUGUGAAUUACUUAUUCUUGUUCUGGGUUCAACGUUUCCAGCUCAAGUCAACUCAUUUGUGGAAUACUUAAAGACUCAAAAUGAUUACAAGGUCAUAAACAUGGAUCAAUGGAUGGGAUUUUUUCGGUUUUGCAAUGAGAUAAGUUUUCCGAUGCUUAAUGACUAUGAUCCUGACCUUGCGUGGCCUUUGAUCCUGGAUAAUUUUGUUGAAUGGUUGCGAGAAAAGCAAAAGUAAUCUGAUAAGCCACCGGAUUCUCUGUACUGCAAUCAUUGCGCUCCAACUGGUGCAACUAAAUCAGAUAGAUGCCUUGUGGCUCUUUUAUUGUACUUAACAAAGUUAUUGUUUUUUUUUUGUUGGCCCAGCUUCUUAUUGGGCAUUUUAAACAAACCAUUAUUACGCCUCUUUAAAAUUUAUGUUGUAUGCCAUUGGUGCAGUUGAGGCUAGAAACAACCUUUUACAUUUUUAUCAUUGUCAAGGCCAACAUUAUUUAUCAUACAUAAGAGUUUUUAUUGAACUUAAUUUAGUAUGUUGUCGUAAUUAUAUACAAUUACAUUGUUCUUUGUUACCC